AUGAGCGGCUACCAGAACGGCGAUCGCCGCAACGUGGGCGACGACAGCGAUGUUGAGGAGGAGGCCCUUGUCGCCGACUACAAGGAGCAGGUCCAAUAUGAGGAUGGUGCCGAGCUGGAGCAGGUCAACUCGAUGACCAUGGCCCAGCAGACCGACGAUAUUCAGUCGCGCCUCGCCGCCGCUGCUCAGCCCCUCGACUUCUCUGCUCCCCUCGAAGUCAAGUUCCAGAGCUACGACGCCUACUGCAGCCUGUUCCACUUCAUCCUGAACAGCGAGGGACCCGUCGACCUCGAGCCGCCAUCAUACUACUGGGCGUGGGACGUCAUCGAUGAAUUCAUCUACCAGUUCAACUCUUUCUGCUCCUACCGCAUGCGUCUCGCAAGGCAGAACAACAACGAGGAGGAGCUCCAGGUUCUUAAGGAGAACCCCAACACGUGGGGCUGCUACAGCGUGCUCAACGUUCUGUACUCGCUCAUCCAGCGGUCCCAGAUCACCGAGCAGCUCGGCGCCAUGAAGCGGAACGAGGACCCCAUGGCCGUGGCCGGCGAGUACGGAUCCAAGAACCUGUACCGCAUGCUGGGAUACUUCUCCAUCAUCGGUCUCCUGCGGGUGCACUGCCUCCUCGGCGACUUCAGCCUCGCCCUCAAGACGCUCGACGACAUUGAGCUCAACAAGAAGGCCAUGUUCGCGCGCGUCAUGGCGGCCCACUUCACCACGUACUACUACGUGGGCUUCUCCUACAUGAUGAUGCACCGCUACUCGGAUGCCAUCCGCAUGUUCAGCCACAUCCUCGUCUACGUCUCGAGGACCAAGAACUUCCAGAAGAGCGCGCAGUACGACUCGAUCACCAAGAAGAACGAGCAGAUGUACGCUCUCAUCGCCAUCUGCGUGGCCUUCCAGCCGACGCGUCUCGACGACACGAUCCACACGGCCCUGCGCGAGAAGUACGGCGACCAGCUCCUGAAGCUGCAGCGCGGCGGCCCCGAGUCGCUCCCCAUCUUCGAGGAGCUCUUCCGCACGGCGUGCCCCAAGUUCAUCUCGCCCACGCCCCCCGACUUUGAGAACCCCGAGGCCAACAUUGACCCGGUCGAGCACCACCUCUCCAUCUUCAUGGACGAGGUUAAGACCAACAUGUGGAGCCCCACCAUCAAGUCGUACCUCCGCCUGUACACGACCAUGGACCUUAACAAGCUGUCGGGCUUCCUCGACGUCAAGCCCGACGAGCUCCGCGCCUGGCUCCUCGUCAGCAAGCAGCGCACCAAGCAGCUGCGCUGGUCCGAGAACAGCCUGCUCGACGGCGACCUCGUCAACGUCAGCGACCUCGACUACGCCAUGCAGAACGACCUCAUCCACAUUUCCGAGGCCAAGGUCGGACGCAAGCUGGUGGACUGGUACCUCCGCAACCUGUCGCGCACCUACACUUAA